AUGUUCCUUGCGGCGACACCAUACUUUUACAGCCGCUUCAAGUCGGACGACUGGACAAGACUGCACUACCAGCCGUCGAUUCAGUCAAUGUCAACUGUCACCAAUCUUGGAGCCGCCUAUGCCCUAGCAAAGCUACAGAAGAACGCCUCCUAUCCACGGCGUAUAACGUUUUCGCUAUUGAUGAACUCUGUUGUGUUCACUAUUCUAGCACUCUCGGCAGUUGCCAUGACUGAUUCCUCACCUCGGGUGUACUUUGGCUUCUUGAUGGUGAUGGUGUGCGCCGCGAGUCUGGCCACUGGCAUCAAUCAGAAUGGCGUCUUUGCACACGUCUCCGGGUUCGGAAGGGAGGAAUAUACCCAGGCUAUUAUGGGUGGACAAGGUGUUGCCGGAGUGCUACCCUGCGUUGUACAGAUCUUUUCUGUACUGGCUGUACCGCCGAAGGAGGAUAGCAUUGGUAAAUACCAAGGCCAAGAUCAAGAUCCUAGCAUGCCUCAGACGAGUGUGUCGACAUCGGCAUUCAUUUACUUCCUCACGUCUACUGGUGUCUCUGUCAUAGCUCUGCUUGCCUUUCUAUAUCUUCUGAGACAACAACCUUCUUCGAGGCAAAAGUUGACAAGAGAUGACGAUGAGUCGAUUGCGGAUGACCGUGAGCAGUCCAAGACUGUCAGCCUUUGGACUUUGUUCAUUAAGCUGCGCUUCCUGGCAUUUGCUGUAUUCGCUUGCUUUUUGGUUUCGAUGGUAUUCCCAGUCUACACGGCGGAAAUCCAGUCCGUCAAUGACCCUGCCAGUUCACGGGUCUACGAUCCCAGUGUCUUCGUUCCAUUAGCAUUCUUGCUUUGGAACCUGGGUGACUUGGCUGGGAGAAUGUGUGUGGCUAUUCCAGGAGUUUCCUUGGGACAGCAUCCUCAGAUAGCUGCUAUUGUGGCCAUUGGCCGUGUAAUUUUCAUUCCCCUGUACCAGCUCUGCAACGUCAACGGCCAAGGUGCUGCCGUCAAGAGUGAUUUUUUCUACUUCCUUGUACAGUUCUUCUUUGGUGCAACUAAUGGGUAUCUGGGGACAAGCUUUGUUGUUCGACAUGAUUUUCGAUUCCUUGGCGAUAGGCGGCUGGUGCCAUAUCCUAGUCGUCCCCUCAUUCUGGAGUCUGCUGAGUCGAUUGAUUGCCUUGGCUGGAUUAUCCACACUCUUUGCUUCCACCGUCUGAGUGGUUACCCUGGCCCCAAGCUGGCUGCCAUCACUCCUUUGGUCCACCUCAUCUGGGAUAUCCAGGGUAAGCAGCACUCGACUUUGAAGCGUCUCCAUGACAAGUACGGAGACGUGGUCCGCAUCGCCCCAAAUGCUCUCGUUUACCGUGCCGCACCCGCCUGGAAGGAUAUCUAUGGUCACCGCAAGAAGGGACAAAAAGUCUUCGUCAAGGAUCCGGCAUUGUAUGCACCCACUCCUAAUGGUGUCAACGCUAUCAUCACAGCCAAUGAGGACGACCACUCCCGGAUGCGCCGUUUGCUGACCCAUGCUUUUUCCAACAAAGCCCUGCGCGAGCAGGAAGAAAUCCUCCAGAUGUACGCUAGCAUGUUUAUGGAAAAGCUCAAGGGUCUUAUGGGAAGCGCCUUGUCUCAGAAUAUUGACAUCACUUGCUGGUUUAACUUCACCACCUUCGACCUCAUUGGCGACCUCGCUUUUGGAGAACCAUUUGGCUGCUUGUCAAGCAGCACAUACCACUGGUGGGUUCGAAUUAUUCUGGAUGCCGUCAAGGCAAGUGCCUAUCUCAAGGUGUUUUGGUUCUACCCCUUUCUUGUUCCCCUGGUCCGCGUUCUGGUUCCCAAACACCUUCUCCAGAAACGUCAAGCCAGUUUCGACCUGAGUGUUGAGAAGGUCCGUCGUCGUCUCGCCUUGGGUGCCACUCGCCCCGACUUUACUUCGUACAUCCUGAAGCACACCAAAGAUGGAAAGGGAAUGUCGGAGGAGGAGAUGGAUGCAAACUCGGCCGUGUUCGUCCUGGCUGGCAGUGAGACUACCGCUGCCCUGCUUUCUGGCGUGACAUACUACCUUCUGCGUUCUCGUGACAAGUACGAGCGCCUGAUCCGGGAGAUUCGUGGGGCUUUCGACAAGGACGUUGAUAUCAAGCUGUCCACUCUCAUGGACCCUCCUUACCUGAACGCCGUUCUGACCGAGGCGAUGCGCGUCUACCCGCCGAUUCCUUCUAUGCUUCCGCGGAUUGUUCCUGAAGGAGGAGCAAUGAUCAACGAGCAAUAUGUCCCUGCAAAAGUCUCUGUCUCUGUCUCGCUGUAUUCCGCUUUCCACGCAGCCUCGCAUUUCAAGGACCCCGAGGAAUUCGUCCCAGAGCGUUGGCUGAAUGAGUCUGACAAGUACAGCAACGACAAGAGAGAGGUUUUCCAGCCCUACUCCUACGGUCCACGGAACUGCCUCGGUCAACACCUUGCGAACGCCGAAAUGCGUCUCCUGCUCGCUAAGCUCUUGUGGAACUUCGACCUGGAGCUGCUCCCUGAGUCGCUGAACUGGACCGACCAAAAGUCCUUCUCGCUCUGGAGCCGUCCUGCGUUGAUGGUUAGGCUCUUCCGCGCUGGAGCCGGAUCCGCAGUCUAA